GGAAGAGUCUGUGGGAUGUCAUGCACAUCCAUUGAUAUCUCUAUUUAUAACAUAACUCUGUUAUAAAUCUUCUCUCAUCCAAAUCCUUCAAAUUUCUCAGUUUCUGGGAUAUCCCUUCAUGGCAAAAGAGGCAGGAAACAUCAGAUAUGAUGAGGAGUUCAUCUUGAAUUCCAGAGGAUUGAAGCUAUUCACAUGCAGAUGGAUUCCUGUAAACCAAGAACCAAAAGCUUUGAUCUUUAUCUGCCAUGGCUAUGCCAUGGAAUGCAGCAUCACCAUGAACAGCACUGCAAAUCGUCUUGCAAAGGAAGGAUUUGCAAUCUAUGGUAUAGAUUAUGAAGGACAUGGAAAAUCUGCAGGAUUAGACGGCUAUGUUGAUAAUAUGGAUAAUGUUAUUGAUGAUUGCUCUGUACAUUUUACAAGCAUAUGUGAGAAGGAAGAGAACAGAAAGAAGAUGAGAUAUUUGCUAGGAGAAUCCAUGGGAGGAGCAGUGGCUCUGCUUUUGCAUAGGGAAAAGCCAGAGUUUUGGGAUGGUGCAAUAUUGGUGGCACCCAUGUGUAAGAUUGCAGAAGAUAUGAAGCCGCAUCCAAUGGUAAUCAGUAUUCUCACAAAGCUAAGCGGUUACAUUCCAACUUGGAAAAUAAUCCCUUCAAAGGAUAUCAUUGAUGUUGCAUUUAAAGUACCUGAAGUAAGACAAGAGAUUAGAUCAAACCCAUAUUGCUACAAAGGCAGGCCUCGCUUGAAAACUGGAUAUGAACUUCUAAGAGCUACAAUGCAAAUAGAGCAAAAGCUUCAAGAGGUUUCAUUGCCAUUUCUGGUUCUCCAUGGCGAAGACGACAAAGUGACCGAUAAAUCUGUUAGCAAACAACUUAACGAUGUAGCUUCAAGCACAGACAAGACAAUCAAGCUAUAUCCAGGAAUGUGGCAUGGCUUGCUUUAUGGGGAGCCAAUAGAAAAUAUUGAGGUGGUUUUCAAGGAUAUUAUUGAUUGGUUAGAGGAGAGAGCCGGGCUUGGAAAUACCAGAUUGGAGAGGGAGCUAAAACAGAGAAAUGAUGAUUUGUCAAAGUCUGACUGAACAAGGGCUGGAAGGCAAGCAUGAAGAGUUUUUGCAAGCCAAGAACACUUUUUUAAUCUGAAAGCCAAGAACACUUUAUUUGGUGCUAAAUUGGAAAUACUCAUAAUAUAAAGUGUGGUAGGAUGCUGUUUGCAUUCCAGCAUGAAUCCUGAUUAGAUUCAAGAUUGAUAGCUUGUAAUAUAAAAUAAUAAUUCAAUUAAAUAAUCACCGAUGGCAUUCAAUUCA